CCUGUCGCUCGCUUGCCUGUGAUUGCGAGAAGAGAGAGGGGUUCAUCCCCAAAGUUCUGAUCUCUCUCCAUCCCAUCCUUAACAUCGCACACCUCAACACUCCACGCCUCCUGCACCUUAAUCCCUCCCUGUGCCUGUACCGGUACCUGUCCCUCCUUGGUUCUCUUUCCCGCCCUUGAAUGGCUCCCUCGCCCCCUACACUCUCAGCAACCCGUCCUCCCCAACCCAACAGCUGCCUAGCAUCCUCCUUCUCGCCUCUACCAUACUCUCGUCUCGCUACUUUUCACAUCUAACAUCCACGCAAAAACUGAUUCAGUACAUAUCACUUCUCCAUGACAUCACAGGAGCAGCUCGAUGCGAAGAGACGAAGGGUCUCCAGGGCAUGCGACACCUGCAGAAGGAAAAAAGUUCGUUGCGACGGCGUACAACCCUCCUGCACCAACUGCACAACCUUUGGCUUCCAAUGCACAUUCAAUGACUCUGCCAAGAAAAGGGGUCCUCCCAAGGGAUACAUUGAGGCCUUGGAGAACAGGCUACAUAGGAUGGAGAAUCUCCUUGGAGGUCUCGUGCAGGGAGGUGGUGAUCGUGUCAAGGUAGACCUUGACAACUGGCAUGAGGAGCACGAGGACGACCUGGACGUCCUAGACUCGGCCAGCUGGUCCCCACACUCGCCUGAUACUCCAACUGUAAAGGUUGGUUAUCACAAGCAGAGCAUCGACUCGAACCUGUCAACAGGAACUGCAGCAUCCAUGAGACCUAUCACCAGCAAUCAAGUGUGCCGCUCGCCCGAUGCAGAAGAUAAAUUUAAAGAAGAGGACGAAGAGGGGGUUAUGGAAUACGACCGGGAUGCGAGAGCCAAAAUCAAUGCGCUAUCCGACAGAAUGGACUCAAUGUCGUUGGACAACGGAGGAUUCAUCCGCUAUCUCGGCAACAGUUCUGGGAUCGACCUGCUACAAAGAAGUCAGCUUCUCAGGAGCGGAUAUCUAUUGGUACCCAUCAAAGUGAGAGACCAUCAAGAGUGGCUGACAGAACGAGAAUCGGCCGUGGCGAAUCUGGCGUCCGAGAUGCCAUUGCCACCUAGGGAUCUGGCUGAACAUCUGAUUAAAUGCUACUGGACCUAUGUGCACCCACACAUCCCUAUCGUUCACAAGUCGACCUUCAUGAAGCAAUAUCAAAACCCUGACCCUGGAAAGCGCCCGCCCAUCGUGCUACUUACUGCCAUGUUUUCGAUAGCAUCUCGCUUUUCGGAUCAUCCCGAGAUUAUUGGACAUGGGCACGAUCCCGAGGGGUUCGGCGAUGAGUAUUUCGAUAGGGCCAAGCGUUUGGUGGAUCUGGAAUAUGAGCUACCCAGACAGUCGUCGAUUCAGGCGCUACUGCUCAUGACUGCCUACCGUUUUACGAGCGCCAAGUCCGGAGGUCGUGUGUGGGUGAUGUUGGGUAUGGCUACAAGGAUGGCACAGGACAUGGGUAUGCACCGCAACUCAGCGCGCUGGCACUUGCCACCACUGGAGACGGAGAUCCGCAAGCGACUAUGGUGGGCCUUGUACCAGAUGGACCGAUGGGUUAGCGCCUCGAUGGGACGGCCCAUGUCGAUCGAUGAUAACGACUGCGAUGUGGAUUUCCCUUCAGCGCUCGAGGAGGACUGGGCAGAACUUGAGGGCGGCAGCCCGGCGACAACGACGCUGGACAAUGGCGAAAGACCCAAGGAGGAAACGUCGUUCUCGCUGGAUUAUUUUGUGGAAAUGAUCAAGUUGUCGCAGAUCCUGGGACAGGUCUUGAAGCGGAUCUAUGGUGCAACGACCAGGAACCAUGGUCCGCUCCAGAUCAGUUCGACGGCUGCGGAACUCGAUACAACGCUCACCAAUUGGCUGCUUGCCCUGCCGUCAGAUCUAAAAUAUGAUCACCGAACGAUGGCGAAUAGUGGGGCCAAGAUCAAUCGGUGGGUCGCUUCCAUCCACAGCGCAUACUACACGGUGCUGAUCUUGCUGCACCGCCCCUACAUGACCCCCACGUCGCUCACGCAGACGAAACUGUCCGAAUCCUUGCCCUCGCUGAACAUUGCAGUCUCGGCAGCCAACUCGAUCACAUACCUCUUGGGAAAGCUGGAUGAAGACGACAAUCUCCGAUACACAUGGCAUGUUACGACGUACGAGGUCUUUACCUCGUCUAUGAUCCACUUGACCAACUCGGCGUCAGUAAAUAUCCGACUGCAGACGCAGGCUCGGAAUAAUCUCAUCAAAAACAUCUCGUAUAUGAAGAAGCUAGGCCGCCGCUGGUUCCACAGCGCAAAGUUCUCUCUGAUCUUGGAAGACCUCAUGUGCGCGCAUCUAAACUUUGAUGCCUACCAAACCGAAGGCCGGUCCAUGGAAGCGGUCCCGAUAGCUAAAGUCGGGGAGUUCGACAUAACCUAUCCGAUCAUACUUCGUGACCAGAGCCAUCCUUCAGGAGGAUCCUUGCUAUUUGCCCCAAAGGCCUCCACAUCAGCACAGACGCCUCCCUCGGCCUCGACCACGCCCGGCUCCUCGCCUUCGAUGGCUAUGGUUCACCAUCCGGAUGCACAGGAUACUAGCAGCAACAAGCUCGACGGCAGUGGAUCCGACACUCCAUCUGCAGCUUUGAACGAUUCUACGGUCACGCCAGCUCUGACAUCUAGAGGAGGACAAUCUGCGGCCAAUAUUAAUGCCGCGCAGACUGCAGUUUCUCGAUCGAUAAAGAAGAGCCGAAAGCCAAGCUCUCAGCGGAACUCUCUUCUGUUCCACUCCAAUCCAUCCUCACCCAUCUCAACAUCAUCAAGCAGCAGUAGUACACUUCCAGCACCAUCAACGCCGUCCUCUUCGUCCUCGGAUCAGUCCUCGCUAUUCUUGUUCUCGUCCCUCUCGACGCCGGGCAUGUUUGCGCAGGGCCAGGCUUUUAUGGACUAUGAGCAAAUGAUGACCCAGCAACAGCUGCAGUUGCACCAGUUUCAAUCGCAGGAUCCACAACAGUUACAACAGCAAUCAUUUUCAGCGACACCGCUGCUUUCGUCUCCGUUUGCGCUUCAGUUCAAGGGUCCUGCUACCAGUGGACAGGGACAGCAGCCUUCUUUGCUUCCAGUAGCAAAUGCCAUGCCGAGCCAACACCAGGAUCAACAGCGGCAACAAGGACAGCAAUACAUGCAGUUCCAACAGCAGGCCCUAGGUGAACAAAAUUUACCUCAGCAGCUUCCUCCUCAAUCACAGAAUGGUAGCUUCGGCUACAUGAAUACGGGUGUGUCGACCAUGGACUCGAUAAGCAAUAGCAACAACAACGCAUUCGGCUUUCUUAACAAUAAUAACGGGAACAGUAACAGUGCAAUACCCUCUGGCGGACAGGGAGAUUACUCCAACUUAUCGCUUUUUCCUCCACAACAGCAGCAGUCGCAGCAGCAAGAUUUUGCUGUGGGUGUUCAAAAUCCAAACACCGUCGCAACCGCGGCGGUCCCGAAUCCGUUCUUUGGAAUACCUAACACGAUCGAUUGGGACGAAUGGAACCAAUACAUUGCCAGCUCAGGAUUGCAAAAGUUCUAAUACAAGCAUUGCACAUGUACCAUAGUCGAUAUAGCAUACCGUAAUGGAGAUAAAAUGUUUGGAUAUUUAUUAUUUGAUACAAGCGUUGAAAGCGAAAAAAAAAAAAAAAAAA